AAAUGUUUUUGAGUGCAAGACUAAUAUGCCAAAGGUACCUUUUGGAAUCUCAUAACAUUCAAUGUUGAGAAAACCAGUCUUCGUGUCACUGCAGUCACCAUUGUAAAUAAAUUCCAUUGAUUGUCUUUAGUUUUCAGAAACCCACCAUAAUGUAUUGCGCCUUUCUUCUAGUAUUACAGAACAUAUUGACUUUGCCACAUGCCUGCAAGAACCAGCAGUAGAACCUGUUUGUAAUGCUAACCUUCCUGCCAGUAUGCACACUUUAGACCAUUUACAUGGUGUAGCAAGUCGACUAAGUAUACAUUAUACUGGAGAAAGCCAAUUGAAGGAGGUUUUACAAAAUCUAGGCAAAGACAAUUAUCCAUCCCAGUCAUUUGAGCAGGUUGGAACACGAAUAGCCAAGGUAUUAGAAAAAAAUCAAACUUCCUGGGUGAUUUCAAGUAUGGCUGCACUGUAUUGGAGAGUUCGAGGUCAAGGAAAGAAAGCUAUUGACUGCUUACGUCAAGCAUUACACUAUGCACCUCAUCACAUGAAAGAUGUGCCUCUCAUUAGUUUGGCAAAUAUUUUUCACAAUGCUAAACUAUGGGAUGAUGCAAUCAUCGUCGCUACUAUGGCAGUGGAAAUUGCCCCCCACUUUGUUGUCAAUCACUUUACCCUGGCUAACGUCUAUUUAGCAAUGGAAGACUACGAGAAAGCAAUGCAAUGGUACGAGUCUACUUUGAAGCUACAACCAGAGUUUGCACCAGCUAAAGAUCGUCUUCGCACCAUCCAGUGCCAUUUGUUAAUGAAAAAGGAGAGGCGCUCUCCAUAAGGCUUAACACCGUUACCAUUAGACACAAUUAUCCAGUUCCUGCUUCAGACCGUUUAAAAUGGUGAACACCUAGUUUAAUUAAGGGAGAUUUCAUUUGUGAGAAUUUAAUAGAUGGAAUAUGAAAUGAGCUAUGGAACAAAGCUUUAAAAAAGUAUUGUAACUAUCACACCAUAAUAUAAUUACUGGAAAGAAAAAAUAAAUUACAUUACAAACAGAUUACAGCAGUAUUGAAUUUGUAUUUCAAAUGAUAAUGUACAAAACUUUAAAUGGUUUUCAAAAUGCUUUGUGUAUGCAGAUCAAGUCAGGAAACUUCUAAUUCCUUUUAGGAAAUACUGGGGACCUUUGUGAAGGUGGAACAAUAAAUCAUUUCUUAAUGACUGAGUUUUA